GUGAGAAAAGUUCAAUCCCUAUCAACUAUAAAAAUGAAAAAGGAACUUGAGAUAAUCCAUCUUUCACUCUUUUUUUUUCUUUAAUUAUGACUCAAGCUGAUCUUCAGACAAUUCGUUUAACAAAUGGAAAAUCCAUUCAAGCCCAUACACAACUCUUUAUUAAUAAUGAAUUUGUUGCUGGCCAUGGUCCCCUUAUUGAUACUAUCAAUCCUGCUAAUGAACAAGUGAUUUGUAAAGUACAUUCUGCAGAUGAGAAUGAUGUAAACCGUGCUGUGGAAGCCGCAUACAAUUGUUAUUACAAGACAUGGCGCAAAGUGGCUCCUGCUGAACGUGGUCGUCUUCUUAACAAGUUGGCUGAUUUAAUGGAACGUGACAAAGACGAACUUGCUACUUUAGAUGCUGUUGACAAUGGUAAAUCCUUUGUUGUUGCUCGAGAUGUGGAUGUGACUGAUUCGAUUGCUUGUUAUCGUUAUUUUGCUGGUUGGGCAGAUAAAAUUCAUGGAAAGACGAUUGAUACUACUUUUGAUAAAAUGUGCUAUACUCGCCAUGAAGCGCUUGGUGUUGUGGGUGCUGUGAUUCCUUGGAAUUACCCUACCAUGAUGGCUGCUUGGAAAUUUGCUCCUGCAUUAGCAACCGGUAACACAAUCGUCAUGAAGUCUUCUGAAGUCACUCCUUUAUCUACACUCAAAUUUGGUGAACUUGUAAAAGAAGCUGGUUUCCCUGCUGGUGUUGUUAAUGUCAUUACGGGUUAUGGUCACACAACUGGCAACUAUUUGAGUGGCCAUCCCAAAGUUAGCAAGAUGGCCUUCACUGGUUCCACAUUCACAGGCAGAAAGAUCAUGGAAGCAAGUGCAGGUAGCAAUAUUAAGAAACUUCAGCUUGAGUUAGGAGGCAAAUCUGCUCAGAUUGUGUGUGCUGAUGCUGAUCUUGAAAAUGCAGCUUAUUGGGCUUGUGGUGGUAUCUUUAACAACCAUGGUCAGAGUUGCAAUGCUGGUUCUCGUAUCUUUGUUCAUGAAUCUGUUCAUGACAAGUUUGUUGAACUGUUCAUUGCCGAGACGAAAAAGAUCAAGAUCGGUGAUCCCUUUGAUGAAGACACUUUCCAAGGUCCUCAAAUUAACAAAAGUCAGUUUGAAAAGAUCCUGAGUUAUAUCGAUAUUGGUAAAAAAGAAGGUGCUAAGGUUGCUUAUGGUGGGAAGCGUUGGGGCAAUGUUGGCUAUUAUAUUGAACCCACUGUACUCAUCCAUUGCCACAAUAACAUGCGUGUCAUGCGUGAAGAAAUCUUCGGACCUGUGGUUGCUAUUGGUACAUUCAAGACAAUUGAAGAAGCGAUCGAUCUCGCUAAUGACUCUGACUAUGGUUUAGCUGGUGGUGUAUACACAAAGGAUUUAGAUAAUGCCAUUCUCGUUACGAAUGAAGUGAAAGCGGGCACUAUGUGGAUCAAUUGUUAUGAUGUCUUUGAUCAAUCGACGCCUUUUGGUGGUUAUAAGCAAUCUGGUUUUGGUAAAGAACUGGGUAAAUAUGCUCUUCAAGAAUACACUCAAGUCAAGGUUGUUAAAAUGAUGCUUCAAGCUAAAAUCUAGAUAAAUAAAUAAAUAUCGUGUACAUUAUUGCCCCCUAGAUUACUUACAUUGAUUU